AUGACGUUUAACAAGUCCAACGGUAUCGAAAAGCCCGACUUGGACGAUAGACAGUACAAGGUCAUCACCCUUGACAACAAGUUGAAAGCUUUAUUGAUUAGUGAUCCAAAGGCUGAUAAGAGUGCUGCUGCAUUGGAUGUCAAUGUCGGUGCCUUUAGUGACUACGAACAUUUGCCUGGGUUGGCGCACUUUUGUGAGCAUUUGCUCUUUAUGGGAACUGAGAAGUAUCCAGAUGAGAAUGAGUAUUCCAGUUACUUGUCGAACCAUGGUGGUCACUCAAACGCAUACACAGCUGCUGAAGAUACCAAUUACUACUUUGAAGUGAACCAUCAGUAUUUGGAGGGAGCUUUGGAUAGAUUCUCUCAGUUCUUCAUUGCCCCUUUGUUUGAUCCAAGUUGUAAGGACCGUGAGAUCAGGGCUGUUGACUCUGAGAACAAAAAGAACCUACAGAACGAUACCUGGAGAUUGUACCAGUUAGACAAGUCUCUGUCCAACCCAAGCCAUCCCUAUCAUAAGUUCUCCACCGGUAAUUUGCAAACCUUGGGCGAGAUUCCGGCGGGCAAGGGCAUUGACGUUAGAGAUGAACUUCUCAAGUUUUACAAAGAGUCAUACUCUUCAAACUUGAUGAAACUAGCUGUUAUUGGAAGAGAAGACUUAUCAACAUUGGAGAAAUGGGUCGUGGAAAAAUUCACCACAGUGCCAAACUACAAUACUGCAAAGCCGGUGUUUGAUGCACCAGUAUUCACCCACAAUGAAUUACAGAAAUUGAUUAAGGCGAAACCGGUGAUGUCAAAGAACAAGUUGGGACUAUCUUUCUCUGUUCCUGACCAUGACAACAGUUGGGACGUUCAAUCUUCUCAUUAUUUCAGCCAUCUGAUUGGACAUGAAGGAAAUGGGUCUAUUUUGGCAUAUUUGAAAGAACAAGGUUGGGCAAACUCCUUAUCAGCUGGUGGAUAUACCAUCUCUAAGGGUAAUGCAACGUUCGGUGUCGAUGUUGAUUUGACUGAAAAGGGUUUGCAACAUUACGAAGAUGUAUUAUACACCAUUUUCCAGUUCUUGGAAAUUGUCAGAAACGAAGAACCUCAUCAAUGGAUCUAUGAAGAAUUGAAAGAGAUUAGUGAGAUGAACUUCAAGUUCAAGCAAAAAAGCUCCCCUUCAUCCACAGUUUCAAGCUUGGCAAAGGAUUUGCAAAAGGACUACGUUCCGGAUGAUUACGUCUUGAGUAGACGAGUCAUGAGAAGAUAUGACCCAGCUUUGAUCAAAGAAUUUGGUUCUUCAUUGACUGUUGACAAUCUAAGAGUUACCUUGGUUUCCCAAUCUGUGGAUACAAAUAAGACUGAAAAGUGGUACGGAACAGAGUACUCAGUGGAAGAUUUAAGCCCUGAGUUCAUUUCAAAAUUAUCCAAGCCAUCUCCUAACCCUGAGCUAAGAUUCCCUAAACCAAACGAGUUCAUCCCAACAAAGUUUGACGUUGAAAGAGUUGAAGUUCAAGAACCGUUGAAGAAGCCAAAACUUUUGCAAAAUGACGACAAGUUCAGAUUCUGGUUUAAGAAAGAUGACCAAUUUUGGGUUCCAAAGGCUUGUGUUCAAUUGUUUCUGAACCUGCCUGCUACAACCGGAACCCCAAGUGCAAAUGCUAUGACGACGCUUUUCUCAGAGCUGUUGCAAGAUGCUCUCAUUGAUAUAUCCUACAAUGCUGAAAUUGCCAUGCUACACUUCAAUUUGAUUACAGGCAAGGAAGGACUAGUGUUGAGCUUUGACGGUUACAAUGAGAAGUUGUCGGUCUUGAUUCAAGAGGUUCUCGAGGCAAUGGUUACAUUCAAACCUCAGAAGCACAGGUUCGAAGUCAUCAAAGAAAAGAGAAUCAGAAACUUGAAGAACUUUGAGUAUAAACCACCGUAUAAUCAAGUAACAACAGUUUUCUCCACUUUGGUGAACGAAAAGGUGUUUUCCACUCAUGACAUGAUUGAAGCUGUGAAUAACACAACCUUUGAAGACAUUGAGAGAUUUAUUCCUGGAAUUUUUAAGCAAGCAUUUGUUGAAGGUUUAAUCAUUGGUAACUAUAAAGAACAAGAGGCAUUUGAAAUUACAAAGCUGAUCACCGGAAGCUUGUCAUUUGCCCCACUGUUCUCCGCACAGAGAUUCAAGCCAAGAUCCUAUAUCUUACCUGAAGAGAAGACCUUCAGAUACGAACUGUUGUUGCCAGAUGAAAACAAUACAAACACAUGCAUCCAAUACUUUAUCCAAGCAGGUGAAACUCGUGACAGCCGUCAAUAUGCUCAAGUGGAACUACUUGCCCAAAUCAUCAAGGAGCCAGCCUUUGAUAUUCUCCGUACCAAAGAACAAUUGGGUUACAUUGUGUUUAGUGGAUUGCUUGAAACCAGAACCACUUUUGGUCUGAGAAUCAUCAUCCAGAGUGAGAGAAACGCAGCAUACUUAGAGUCUAGAAUUGCCAAUUUCCUCAAGCUAUUCCAGGUAACACUGAAGGAGAUGCCAGCUGAAAAGUUUGAGCAUCACAAGGAGGCGUUGAUUCAUAAGAAACUGGAGUCGUUGAAGAACCUCCACCAGGAGAAUGCAAGAUACACUGCUGCCAUUUCUAACGUUGCAGUUGAACAUUUGAAGAGCAUCACGAAGCAAGAGACAGAGACGUACUAUGACAAGUUUGGAGUAUCAACUCUUUCCACAUACCUAUACAAGUUGAGAUCAACCCAUAUGAUACGAGCAAAGUCUAUUCUCAAUAUCUCGCCUUGA